AUGUCUUCAAUGGAUGAUGAAUCUAAUGAAAACAAAUGCAAUACUUCUGUUCCUCCACUCCAUCAAAAAGGACUUCUUGGUGAAGAUCAUAAUCAUAAUCAAAAUCAAGAUGAUGAUAGUCAUAAAAAGUCCACCUUCUUUAAAUUUGGAAGUGUUCAUAGGGUUUUCAACAAGAAAAUCAACUGGAAAUCCCUUCAAACCAUGGCUAAAGAAUGGAUCUCAAAUCCAAUAAACAUGGUUCUCUUCAUUUGGAUAAUUUGUGUUGCUGUUUCAGGAGCAAUUCUCUUCCUUGUUAUGACAGGUAUGUUAAACAACACCCUUCCAAAAAAAUCCCAAAGAAACACAUGGUUCGAAGUCAACAACCAAAUUCUAAAUGCCCUUUUUACCCUCAUGUGUCUCUACCAACACCCUCAUCGCCUCUAUCACCUCAUACUCUUAUCCAAAUGGAGACCACAAGACAUUUCCAAAUUAAGAAACUUAUACUCCAAAAAUGGAACUUACAAACCCAACGAAUGGGCCCACAUGAUGGUUGUUGUUUUCCUACUUAACCUCAAUUGCUUUGCACAAUACGCGUUAUGUGGUCUCAAUGUUGGAUACAGAAGAUCAGAAAGACCCGCAAUUGGAGUGGCACUGACUGUUUCCAUAGCAAUCAGUGCCCCUGCAAUUGCAGGUCUUUACAGUGUCAUGAGUCCUUUAGGAAAGGACUCUGACACUGACACUGUCACUAACAGUGUUUCAGACGAAGAAUCCCAAAAAGGGAUUGAAUCGUUUGAAAAAAGAUUCUUGUUAAGUGAAAGUAACCCGAAAUGGAGCGGGGGUAUUUUCGACUUUUGGGAGGAUAUCUCAUUAGCAUACCUCUCAUUGUUUUGUAGUUUUUGUGUUUUCGGGUGGAAUAUGGAGAGACUAGGGUUUGGAAACAUGUAUGUUCAUAUGACAACGUUUCUUCUCUUUUGUUUGGCUCCAUUUUGGAUAUUUACAUUGGCUGCUGUUAAUAUUGAGAAUGAGAUUGUGAGGGAGAUUUUGGGAAUUACAGGGGUGUUUUUGUGUUUAUUUGGAUUUCUUUAUGGUGGAUUUUGGAGGAUUCAAAUGAGGAAAAGGUUUAAUUUGCCUUCUUCUGAUUUCUGUUGUGGGAAUCCGGGUGUUAGUGAUUGUGUAUUGUGGUUAUGUUGUUGUUGGUGCUCUCUUGCUCAGGAGGUUAGGACUGGAAAUAAAUAUGAUGUUUUGGAUAAUAAGUUUUAUAGAAAACCAGAGGGUGAGAUGUCUAUAUCGCCUUUGCCUCGUGAAGAACAGUUAAAUUACCGAUCUACCCCUAGUCCUACCACGUUUUUACAGGAAUACAAGAGUUCGAAUAUUGAAGAAGGUUCUUCUUCAAGAGGUAAUGAUUCGACUCUAGAACCACCAAUUCCAUACUUUAUACAUAGAGACGCCACGUAA